ACCAUUCCCCUCUUCUCUUCUCUUGUCUCUCAUCGUCGUCGUUCGCAAGCGUGCUCAUCUCUGCCCUCUCAUGUCUCUCUCUCCAGCUCCUGCCCCUCUUCUUCCUCUUUCCCAAUGCUGAGUCCCUUCUUCUCCUCCCCUUUCUCCUCCUUCUCCUCUUCUCCACCGUUCGCCAUCGUAGCCUUGAAUUUGUGAUGGCUUCGAGUGAUGAUUUUGCUUAUCAUGAGUGGGCGAGGAAGGGUGCUUCGCGUGUUGGUUCUCAAUCUCAAGGUGGAUCCCCUGACUGUGCAUCAGCAGGCUCUGGGCCUAAAAGGUCUAGUGUGUCAUCAGUCCGGGCACGAGGAUCAUCAUCUUCUGCCAGGAAGGAGUUCCUUCGGAAAUUUAUUGAUAGUGAAAUCUUGACAGAAAAUUUAGAGGAUUGGUUUUCAGGCUCAUGUGAAGAGUCAGCAUUCCAGAAGCCUGUCUUUGAUGUUCCUUUUGAGUUGACAGCCCUUCAAAAUUUUGAUUAUGCUCUUGAAGAUGUUUCUUUUCAACAGUUGAUACGGAUGCCAAAUGCUUUAUAUGCAUCAACAUCUGAUGCUGUUGAAGCGACUGCACAUCUUGCUAUUGAAGACUUCCUACAUGCUAGUGUGAAAGGCUUGUGGGAGACAUUUUGGGGCCAAGAUGUGCCUAUGCCAUUUUCAGUUGCAUGUAUACACAGCACAAGCUCCAAAUUCUAUCCAGCUGAGAGGGCAAUUGCCGGUGGGAAACUAGAAGGUCUUUGUGCAACCGCUGUAAUGUUGAAAAAUAAUAGGCAUGCAUAUGGUAGAUGGGACCAGAUUCUGAUAUUAGCUUUAUUGAGGCCUGACAUAGGGACUAUUUCUAUGCAGAGUGACCAGCAGCCCUCAAACUCUGUCCUUGGGGAAGCAUUGUUCUUUGCUCUCCGUGUUCUAUUGUCACGAAGCCUCAGCAGAUCAACAACUAUUGCUCAGAACUCAACUUGUGUGUUUGUGCUUCUUGUUGACUCACAAUAUGGUGGGGUGGUGGAGGUUGAUGGUGAUGUGAACAGGUUGGACUUUGAUAUUAGUAAUGUUUAUGAAUGUGCAGCUGAAUGGAUAAAGACUCAUGCGAAAAUCACUGUUUCUCCCAUUGAUCGAAUAUGGAACAAAUUGGGUAAUGCCAACUGGGGAGAUAUCGGAACUCUGCAGGUCCUUUUAGCAAUGUUCUACAGCAUGGUUCAAUUUUGUGGUAUGCCAAAGUAUUCACUUGAAGUUUUAGCUGCUGAACAUAAUACUCGGUUAAAAAAUCGGAGAAUAGAAAGGGAAUUGGUAGAGACAAUGCAUGUGAAUGGAAAUGGCUUGUUUCCUUUCCAGCAACGUAGCGUUUCCCCUGAAAUUGUUGAAGUGCAGGAGGUAGUCCAAGUUGAACCUGAGGAAACUCUGAAGCUGGAGAUAGGGUCAGUUAUAUGGUUGGAAGACUCAAACUGGCAAAAAGGUUUUCAGAUUAAUGAAGUAUUAAUGGACAGUGAAGUUCCAGUCUACAGUGCUACUCCUGUAGAAGAACCCGGAAAGGAUCUUCUGUUGUAUGUUGGUUCCCGUCCUUCUCAUUUGGAACCAGCAUGGGAGGAUAUGAAUUUAUGGUACCAGGUCCAGAGGCAGACCAAGGUAUUGUCUCUGAUGAAACAGAGAGGCCUAUCUAGCAAGUAUCUACCACUGGUGGCAGCAUCUGGUCGAAUUAUACAUCCAGGUCAAUGCAAUAAACCAAGCUCUGGUGGUAACUGUGGGCAUCCAUGGUGUGGUACUCCUAUCCUAGUAACCUCCCCUAUUGGUGAAACUUUAUCCACUAUGAUAAAAAAUGGCACAUUUGGGCCUGAGGAAGCUCUCAAAUGCUGCCAUGACUGCCUAUCAGCUCUCGCGACUGCAUCCUCAGCAGGAAUCAGACAUGGUGACAUCCGUCCAGAGAAUGUGAUCUAUGUGAAAACUGGUGUGAAGCGUCCUUUCUUUGUACUCAUCGGAUGGGGUCAUGCUGUUCUGGAGGAUAGAGAUCGGCCAUCAAUGAAUUUAUUCUUUUCCUCAACUUAUGCUCUUCAGGAAGGAAAAUUGUGCGCAGCAUCAGAUGCUGAGAGCCUGAUCUAUUUGCUCUACUUUUCAUCUGGUGGCGUUUUCCCUGAUCUGGAUUCGGUCGAAGGGGCACUACAAUGGAGGGAGAAAUCAUGGUCAAGAAGAGUUAUUCAGCAGAAGCUUGGGGAUGUAUCUGCUGUGCUGAAAGCCUUUGCUGAUUAUGUGGACAGUCUAUGCGGCACGCCAUAUCCAAUGGACUAUGAGAUUUGGUUGAGAAGACUUAAAAGGACAAUUAAUGAAGAUGACCAUGGAAAGGAGAUUGCUUCUUCUAGUUAAGAUUUAUUUGAAAUUAUUAUUGGCACAAGUGUUGGUCAUUUGCAAUGUGACCUUUCCGGAGGUUAUGAUUUUGAAGUUUUGAGUUUUGCAUUUUGAUGAUCUGUUGCAUAUAUGGAGCUAUGAAGAUUCCCCAACUUGUGGUAAGUUUUCAUCCAUGACCAGAGAUGGUUCCACAAUUUGAUUUAUUUGGCAGAUGUAUGAACUGAAUUGGGUUGAAUUUACAGAGUUUGCUCGCGAGGGUUCUUUGCCGGUAGCUUGAUUGCGAAGUUCAGUUAUCUUCUUCUGAUAUUGGCUCACAGUGCUCGCCAAGAACAUCAAAAAAACCUUCUGGAAUUUGGCUUUCUUCUUUGAGGAUUACAUAAUUUAUUAUUUUUAUUUUUUUGUGAUCAAUUCUAUGUUAUUAGCUUUUUGGUUU